AUGGCAGAUGCCAAAGGCCGCUGCUCUGCAGCAGAUGCCUGCGUUCGAGCAGGUCGUGCUGAACUGGCCACGCCGCUUCUGCAAAGCUUGGGUUCGCGGUGGGCGCAAAAGCCGCCAGCGUUGGGAGACUCUGCACGUGCAGCAGGUCUCUUCUGUGGAUUCGUGAAGGUGCCACCGCCAGCCGUGGAUGUUCGACUGACUCGGUUUGUGUUGGAACCAUUGCGCCCACUCCUGACGCAAGCCUGGCAGCACUGCAGCGCACAGGGAAGAGACUUGGAAGAUGUGACUCUGGUUGGCCCCUGCUUGGCAAGAGUAUGGAUCAAUGGAACGGUAUGGGCAGCGCGAAGUUAUGGAGCUCCCAGCAGAGUCGGCGCGAGUUGUGUAGUGUCAUGCGCUUUGAAUGCCAUGGUCUUCGGAAGACCUUUCCAGGCACCGGCUGCGCGAGCACCGAAGCUCAAGCGCAGAUGGCUGCAAGUACCGGUGGCGCCUGCGAGUCUCGAAGCAACGCUCGCCAAUGUGGCGCACUUGGAGCUGGACAUGAUCUUGCCAGCCGACCGCGAAGUCGAGUUGCUCCCGAGGCCAUACACCAGCAGCGCUGUGUCUUUCGCAGCCGAAGCGAUGUUUAGUGCGGAAAACUCCACAUUCAGCACCCGACCCUCGACAAGUGCAUGCUCUGGGGGGAGCUCCCGAAGCUUUCGUCCGAGGGCUUGGUGGAAAUCCAGUCGCCGACGCAAAGGCUGGAAAGGCACUACAAGCCUCGCAGAUUCCAGCAUGUCGACAUCGAGCAGCUUCAGGUGCCCGCAAACACCACAGAGAGACUUGCGUGGAUACGAGACAUUCGAGCAGCUGCUCCAGCCGGGAUGGCGAACAGCCGCAGAGCUCUGCGCGACUUCAAAGGAGGAGGAGGAGGCGGAUGAGGACUCAGGAGACGAUGCUGGCCCGGGUGCACCAAGUCGCCGAGCAUCAGCGAAGCGGGACGCUGUGGUUCUUGGAGUGGGGAAGCCAUUUUGGAAACUUAAGCAGAUGGAGCAGGAUACAGCCGCAAAGGCCGAAAAGCCGCUUUAUCAGCAAAAGCGGAAUGCCCUCAAGCAGGUGACUUCCAACAGCCUUUUUGCAAUUCCGGGGCAACUGGACUCUCAAGCACACGAGAGCUCUUCCUCGGCAUCAUCUACCGAUGCAACAUCUGUAUCUUCGGACAGUGUGGACCCGCUGCUGGCGACUGAAAUAGGUGACCUACUUCCUCAGAGGACCAGUCCGUGGACAGCCACGUUUGCGAAAGCUACAGCCGCUUCUGACCCGCACAUGGCCAGAAGAGGAGGUUUGGACGAGGAGAUGAUCGCCAUGGCAGAGUUCGCGGUCGCCGCUCAGCAAGCCGCCAUGCGCGAACAGGAGGAAGCCUCACUUCCAGCGGAGGCACUUCCGGGGGUCUACUUCGGACACAUGGAAAGCCCACGGUCCACGCUUCUGCCAAAGACCCCGAGGGUUGGUCGACUGCAAAAGCUGGAGCACGAGAAGCUGGAUCAAGAUAAUGUUCGCUGCGGAUUGCUGCUGAUGGCUUCUGACCGCGAUUUCGACCUCCUCAGGCUAGGAGUGUUGGCUCGGGCAAUAGUCGACUGCACGAGAUGGCAGGAUGAAUGUGCUGCCGGCCACCGAGGAGCAGAGGUCUACGACGGCUGGAGCAAACAAGCGAAAAACGGCAGGGCCUCGACGUGGGAGCAAGGCAAAGCACAGCCUUCGAAAGGGCCGCUGUCUCCCGAGGAGGAGGAGCGCAUCAAGGAGGAGAAGGCUCAGUACGAUGACUGGCGCAGGCAAGUGCUGCUCUGUGCACGUCAUCUGACUACACACAUCAGCCGCUUCGAGACGGACCCGCUCGUCGGUGGCAAAGGGCUCUUUUAA